AUGGACUUAGAAGCUGUGGACAACGCCCAGCCCGAACCUCCAGAGACGCCUGCUCCCGUCUUCGCUGCCCGCGCCAUCAAGCACGCAAUCUUCGGCACUCCAGCUCCACCCGACACCGUCAGACCUGCCAGAACUGAGCCCAAACCUGACCCCCCUGCCUUCUCGCGACCUCUUCCCGCCGACUUCGGCCUCAAGAAUGUUGUCGAUCCCGACAAACCGAGGCUACCGGGUGGCAUCCUCUCGACCCCGGGCACUGUGAAAGAUCGCAAGACCGUGUCAUUCGGCGCUCAGGUCGUCGACAAUGAAGGCAAAAAGCCCACCACGGCGACCAGAACUGGCCUCCCGAGCAACUGUCCCGGGAAAUUCCCGAGUCCAUUCACGCCCAAGGUUGAUGGUCUUGCUGAGGAACCUGAAGAAAGAUCCAGCUCGAGCUCCAAACUUACUGCAAAGCUGUACGAAGCUCGGAACCCAUCCAAGCGCACCGAGCCCAGCACACAGCCGCUGGCACAGCCAUCUCUGAGACCUAAGCCGCGAGCAAAGGAUGACGGCGACGUCACUUUAGACGUUCUGGAGCCGCGCUCCGAAUCGGGGCGAUACUGGAAGGAACAGUACGAGAUGUUUGCGGUUGAGAACGAGAGGGAGGCUCGAAAGAUCAUCAGGAAGUAUCUCGCUGUCAAGGAGUACGCCAGAAAGAAAGAUAUCGAGGUCUUAGAGUUGACCGAAAAGCUGGACGCGGAGCGAAAGCGCCACGCACAACGCGAGAAGGAUCUGGAAGCGAAAAACAAGGAUUACAAGGAACGGUUGAGACAAGCCAUGGCCGAGCACUUGAAGUCAACUACUGAGAAUGCCACGCUGAGACAACGUUUGGCCGUUCUGGAGGGUGAAGCGGUGCCCGACUCGCCCGCUGACCAGAGUAUGCCCAAGACUGAGCUGGGACUCGAAUUCGAUCGGGUGAUGUUGGAUCCCCAGGAGGCACGCCAUUACACGCUUGAUGCCACCCCUGUCAACGAUCGGAAUCGGCCGGAGAAACCAAAGGCCAAAACCGGGUCAUCAACAACUGAGCAAAAGCCGCUGCCGAAGGCUACUUUGUUGCCUCCGUCGAGGGAGCCCCAAAGCCGGCUAGGAGUUUCGCCAAGGCGUCCACGCCGCUCCACAGCCGGGAACAGGACGGAUAUGCCUGCAACUUCUCGCGCAAAUGCAAAAACCGCCAGUACAUCGGCUGCCGAAGACCCCUGGAUGGCAAACGGAGAUACUGCUAUAGAAGACAACACAAGCAGUGCUGGCAAGAGACGCGAACCCAAGGCUGCUAAAUCUGCCGAACCACAUGGUGCUUCUCAUCCAAGGCGGGUGAAGAGUGACCGCCAUCUUCAGUCUUUGGCCAAUCCCUCUGUUUCAGCUCCUGAGGGACUCACACCACAAGAGAUGCGCAAGAAGCAGGCCAUGGACCGCAUCAUGCAAAAGAAGCGGGAACGCGAAAUGGGUAAGGAAAACGCUGGAGUAUAA